UUUCGGAGUUGACAUUCCCGAGAAAAAUAGAUAUGUUAUCUUUCCUGAGGCAAGAAAACUAACAGAAUUUUUCUUGCUUGUGUACAAGCAUGAAAUGGUUUUGUUCUGCCGACGGGUUUCGUGCAACGUUAUGUCUUAUUUGUUUGUUGGCUUUUAAUGGGAGCGUUAAACCAAAACCAUUACCUGAAGGUGGAGGAACAGUGACUCAAACUGGUGAGCCGUCACAUUUUCAAGUUGAUGACAAAGCCGCUGAAAUUGAAGUCAAUGCCAACCCUGCUGGAGUAAAAGUCAACGCUAAGCCAGCCUCUCUUCAAGUUGUAGCAAAGCCGGGUGUCCCAGCUGUACCAAUAUUUCAUCCAGCGAUACAUCUUGCCCAACACUAUGCGCCUCCACCAGUUAUUCAUCACAGUGCGGCCAUGUUUUAUCAUGACGGAUUUCACUAUCCCUUCGGUCACGACUGGUUUUACAAUGGAAUAAAACGACAUAAGUUUCCUAGACCACGGAAAGAUCAAAUACAAGUUCGAACGCACAAGUCUGAUAUUCCUCGGUCAAAACAUCACAAGAAGGCCUCUCAAUCUCACAAGAGACAAUUUAUCUCUGCGGUUCCGCAGUUUGCGCAACCAUCAUCCCUCGCUGCCUUUAGAGGUCUCGGUGCGCUCGGAACUUACGGAUAUGGAGCCUCACCUCAGUACGGUUCUCUUGUCGGUGCACCACUGGGAGUUUACGGCUUACGUCAAAAUCCUCAAACAGGAUUACUUUCCUCAUCUCCCCAACUCACUCCUCAGCAAGGUCUACAAGAGUCGGGGAUGUCAAGAGGUCUUUUGCCCUCGGAAAGUACUUCAACAGGCACAGAUACAACUGACAUACUGCGGAGAUAUCAGAGGCUUUACGGUGAACUUAAUGCCCUUGCUAACAUGUACAACUCGCUUGUAAGGCAAAGAAGUUUGCAUUCCCUAACAGACAUGGGAUAUGCUGGGGGAAUGGGCGUUGGAGGCGCUCUCCGCAUGAAUACGGAUGGUAGUGACCCUCGGCUCGGACAAUUAGGUUUGGGAGCUCCGCGAGGCCCAGUGAUGGGUUACACAAGAACUUACAUCCCCUCCCCACUGGUGAAGCUUUAUGGCACUCAGGCGUCACUUCCCCAGACCAAUAGCUUUCUUGGUGUACCUGGGGCGUCGUUAGUUGGGCAACCACCCAUGGCCCGAUAUCUCGACCUUUCUUCUCUGCUGCAGGGCUCACCUGCAAUGGUGAGCAGAUCCAAGGUCCCUGCAGCCCCAGAUAAAAAAGACAAGAAACAUGAUCAUCAGGAUGACACAAUGAAAAAAGCAAAAGUGAAACGACAAGCGCUAGUUGAACCGAUUUUAACCACCGAGGAUCCCGACAGCAUGGACGAUUUAUUCCAAGGUGACUAUGACCAGGACUACAAGCGGCAGAUGAUAUUAACGCCUGCCCUGGAGACGCUACAGCAACUUCAGCCACUGCAACCAUUAUAUACUCGACAGGCCAUACAGCCACAAUCGUUACAGCUACGUCAACUACAGCUUCAGCCACAGAUACUACCUGAGCAACCGUUAACCCGUCAGUCGCUUGCUUUGCAGGGCACCGGUAUGCAACCAACGGGUAUGCAGCAGCAGAUUGGAAUACCAGGGACUCAGCAGCUUGGUCUCCUUCCCUUGACCUCCACACCACUGCGCUACAUGACGCCAUCUUUGGUGACACCACUUGAAUCAAUGGGUUCCAGCUUUGAUGGAAGAUCAUCAGCAGCUGGAGCAGCUUUACCGCAAUCGUUCGCCUCUCAGAGUUUAGUGUCACCGUUAAUUUCGGGUACGUUCACCCGUCCUAGAAGUGAUUACGGCUCUUUGCAAGAUCUUUCAUCCAGUAGUCUCUUUCAAGACAGGUCACAAUUUCGCCGUCCCUUGAGACUUGGUUUCCCAGGCAAUCCAAGACGUCUCUUCCACAGACCUCAAUACCGAAGGCGAUUACAUAACUUUAGAGAGGAAGAAAACUUGGAUGGAAUGCAACCAGAAGUGUUAGGUCGUGAGAGAAUCUCGCAAGAGGGAUCAUAUUCCACUGAAGUAGUCCCAAGUUCUCAAGGAGAGACACUCAUAAACUCGCCAGUGGGGUUCGGACCAAUCACGGUGGAGGCUAAGACAGCAGAAGGGGCACGGAGAGCUGCGAUGGCUGGAGAAGAUAAGAGACAUCGCAUCCACAGACCAGUUGAAAGAACGUCUAAGGGCAAGAGGAACCAUCAGUAAGACCUUUCAAAAAGAGCGCGCAGGAAAGUUCCUCAAUUUCGUACCUGUCAAAAGUCAGAUUAGAAAUCAACACAAUCAAAUCAAAAUUGGCGACGAUUGAAAAUGUCUAGAAAACUCUUCCAAACAAAGGGACAAUUAAUUUAUUUUCAACAAAAUAGGAUUCGUUUCGUAGAGCGAAGAGUAAUUUGUAAAUACGCUUGGUAAAACCGUAACAUUAUGAUGCAGCUACAGCUGCAGACCCUUAACAGGGAUAGGAUAUGCAUGGGUGCAUAUAAACAAAAUUUCAAUCAUCUAGGUCCGGCUGAUCAAAAGGUGGGUGAUGCCAUCAAUCAGAUAACACUCUAGCCACUAAACAUCUCCUUUUGCUUUGUGAACACUAAUAAACUAAAUGGCGCUAUUUUCCGGUGGAAACGCAUUAAUCACCCAUCCCCUAAAGAACUUUUUUUUUUUAUUUAAUGCAGUACGCUGGGUCUCAUGUUUACCUUGACCUCACUAAUGCACUAUUUUAAUUCAUAAUGCAUGGUUGUUUGUUUGUUUUUUUUUUUUUUCGUGUUUUGCUGUUUUCGACCUUGUUUCCCGUCUGUUCCCGAAUAAAUCAAUAGUACAAUUUUUCAUGCUAGGUGCACCUCAUAUCGGCUGUAACUUGUUGUUAGAGUGAGCCUAUGUGGGUAUGAUUUACCAAAGAAGUCAAUAUGAUCGAAAAAUGACGCCCAGUUUAUCAUGAAAUGUUUUAUUUUGACGUGUUGCAUCCUAUUCAUCGUAUGUACAGCCGAGUAAACUCGUAAUUUGCAUCUGCCAUAAACCUAGAUUAAAUAAUAGAUGUCUUGUUGAAUGUCUGAGAGUAUGUUUGGUUAUAUAUGCAAGAGUUGUAUUCGUAUCCGGACACUUGUAAUUGGUUUGUUAGUCCCACUUUGAUCUGUUACUAAGUUAUAACCUACAAUGAGGCAAGACUUUAAAGAUUACCCAUGCCUUGCCAAAUUAAAAUGGCACAAAUUACCUAUGAGGUAGAAAGAAUAGAUUCUUUAGUAUAUUCCUGGUUUCUGUCUGGUAACUGAAGGAAGAGUAGUUGUUUAAAUGACUUUUCCGGGGAGUUUUCUCAUUGGUUUAGACUACUAGUUAAGAAAAUUUUCCACUGACGAAGAAAGCGAACAAACCACGCUCUAUCUCUUACAGCGGCUGGCAAAGCAAACACCGGUAAUAUCUAUUUUUCAAUGAAUCGAGUCAACCUUUUGUAUAUUAACUUUUAGCUAACAGAAUCAUAAUAACAUAAAUUUUCUAAGGAGGGUUGUCAAAAAUGAUUCCUGGGUCACGUAUGGUUAAGUUGACUUCAAACGAUCUCUGUCGAGCAUAAGUGCAAUCACUAUAGAUCUUAAUGUGAUGUGUAGUAAUAAUAGGAUUGAGAAAUGAAUCUAUGUCUAAAAUCCAACAUGGAUGAGACGUGUAGCUCGAAUCUUACGGCUUUCGUGUUAAGGGUAAAAAAAUUAUGCCUAUUAAACCUUGA